AUGGAUCCUCACCUCUUAAUUGUUUGCUUAGCUCUCUUUUCUAUUAUUGUCUCCAUGGCAGCACCCGGAGCUCCAACCACAUACAAUGUUGUGAGUCUGGGAGCUGAGCCCGACGGUUUGACCGACUCCUCGAAGGCCUUCCUCAAAGCAUGGGCCUUGGCUUGCAGUUCACCUGACAUAGCCACGAUCAGUGUGCCUAAAGGGAGAUACUUGAUCACUUCUACCAUUUCAUUCGUAGGCGAUGGUUGCGAAUCAAGCGACAUCACAUUCCGAAUCGAUGGGACACUUGUGGCACCAUCAAAUUAUGGUGUGCUUGCUAAAAAUUACAAUUGGAUAGUAUUUAAACAAACAAAUGGAGUUUCCAUCUAUGGAGGCAAUCUUGAUGCCAAAGGUUCCGGUUUGUGGGCUUGCAAGAACUCCGGCGACAACUGUCCAUCUGGCGCCACGUCAUUGCAAUUCAGCAAUUCGAAGAAUGUAUUAGUAAGUGGUUUGACCUCAUUAAACAGCCAAAUGUUCCAUAUGGUCAUCUUCGGUUGCAAUAAUGUGAAGCUGCAAGGAAUCAGAAUAAUCGCCGACGGAAACAGCCAUAACACCGAUGGAAUCCAUAUCUCUCAGUCUUCCGAUGUUAAAGUCAUGAACUCAAAGAUCGGCACUGGAGACGACUGUAUCUCCAUUGGCCCCGGUUCCACCAACUUGUGGAUGGAGGGCAUAAUUUGCGGGCCUGGCCACGGUAUCAGCAUUGGAAGCCUGGGGAGGGAAUUGAAUGAAGAUGGGGUGCAAAACGUGACAGUUAACACAGCGACGUUUAUUGGAACACAAAACGGGGUGAGGAUAAAGUCGUGGGAGAAACAGAGCAGUGGAUUUGUGAAAGACGUUCUCUUCCAACACGUUACUAUGUUCAAUGUUCUAAAUCCCAUCAUUAUCGACCAACAUUACUGCAACGGAAAACACAACUGCCCUCAAUUGGGUUCUGGAAUAAAGGUUAGCGACGUGACUUAUAACGAUAUCCACGGGACAUCGGCGUCAGAGUUGGGCGUAAAUUUUGAUUGCAACAAGAAUAAGCCAUGCAGUGGAAUAACGUUGAAAGGCGUGAAUAUGAAGUUUGGAAGUGACAAGACGCCAGUGAAAUCCGAGUGUUUGAAUGUUGUUUGAGGCAGUGCAUCGGGGGUGGUCUCUCCCGACAGUUGCAUUUAGUACUUAUUUUUGCUAGGACUCAUGUACUAAAAUUGUGAUCUUCU